GGUUACCGGCAAUUUGCUAAGCUAAAUGACACGUGCAGUCAGUGAAUUUUCACUUCUUUUCACUGUUGUCCCUUUAAGUAGUUUCUUUCUAAUUGUGAGAAUAUUAUCAUCUACUUUUCCAAAAAUUGGCACUUGAUGUUUCAAGGAAAAUGUUGCCAAAAGGAAAGAAGAAAAGUUUGACGGAGGAAAUCAAUAAAUUGAUGACCACAAAGCAAACGAAUUUCGAUUCAGAUGAGGAUGAAUUAACGAAAGCAAAGACAGUCGAACGUGACGACAGUGAUAUUUCCGAAGAUGAAUAUCAAACAUCGAGUAUUCGUAAGAAAACUGCUCCACUUUUAGCUGACGAAGACGAGAGAUAUGCCGGUAAAAAAAUAUCCCGGAAAGCUGCAUUUGGCAAUGAAUCAGAAGACGAAUUAAGUGAGGAAUUAUCUGAUGAAGAAUUAAUUUCCGAGGACGAUGAAUCGAUAUCAGGCUCUGAUAAAAAAUCUCAAUCACCUUUAGAAUCUUCCGACAAUUCUGACAAUGAUUCUCAAUCGGAUUUUGAUGAAGAUUUCAAAGAAAAUGAUGACGAUGAAGAAGAAGAAGAAGAAGAAGUAUCCGACGAAGAGAAUUCAUUCCAAGGCGAAACGGGAAUUAAAAUUAUUUCCGACACAAAUCUAAAUUCUGAAGUUGAAAAAGGAAGGUGUGUGAAAAAUCAAUUGGAACGCUGGGAGAAAUUGCUGAAAACAAGAAUUCUGAUGCAAAAGUGUCUCGCAAUUAGCAAUGAAAUGCCUCAACACGAUGUUCAUGAAACAUUCAUGUCCAAUUCGGAAAAUAAGGAAUUAAAGGCGAAAACAAUUUCCGAAGUCUCGAAACUUUUGGAUAAUCUCUUGGAAUUACAGAACAACUUUUUGGAGACAACUUCCGAAAUUAAACGGUUUAGUUCGAAGGACAAAAAACGAAAUUCAGAAGAAGAUGAAGAAAUUACGAGUGAUGAGGAUAUGAACGAGGAAAUUCCGUCAAAUUCAGAAGACGAUUCAGCUCAAGAUUCGGAAGAAGAUUCCGAGACCGAAAUCAAGAAGCCCGUAAAACGAAGAAAACUCAACGACUACGAAACAAUCAUCAGUCAGAAUCACAAACAAUUUUUACAAUUUCGUAACUCAGUAAUUCAGAAAUUCGACGACAAGACAAAAAUUUCAUCGGGAAAGUCAAACAAAGGUACACAAAACCAAUCAGUGCUGAAACAGAUAGAAUUCGUUCUCAACGAUAGAGAGAAACUUAUGAAAAGAACUCAACUAAAGCGUUCGAAUUACAAAACUUUGGGUAAAGCAAAUAUCAUUGAAAUGGAUCAGGACGGAAGGCACGUGCAGGACUAUGAUCCAGAAAUUUUCGACGACGACGAUUUUUAUCAGCAACUAUUACGAGAAGUAAUUGAGUCCAAGUGUGCCGAGAAUACAGAUCCUGUUCAACUCAGUAGACAGUGGGCUCAAUUGCAAAACAUGAGGAGUAAAAUGAAGAGGAAUAUCGACACUCGUGCAACAAAAGGCCGACGAAUUCGUUACGUUGUUCAUCAGAAAUUGGUGAAUUUCAUGGCUCCAAUAACGUACAAUGACACUUGGACGGAUAGUGCGAAAAAUGAAUUGUAUAAUUCAAUUUUCGGUAAGUCUAUCAAUAAUUAGUCAACGAAAGAAAAUUUUAAAAAAUUGUCAUUCCAAAGAGAACUGAAUCAUUAAAUUUAUCACUGUUGCAAAAAAUUACAAAUUUCAUGUUUUAUUAGAUGUGACUCAAAAAUUCACUCCUAAGAUUAAUAGUUAAUUCGAAAAUUUAAAGCGAUCAAAAUAAGAAAAAUCUUUUAAGGAUUUAGAUUAUAAUCAUAAUUCGUAAUAUUUUCAUAUCGAUUAUUAAUAAUUCAUUGCAAGUGUAAAAUACAGAACAGUAAAAAUAAUUCUGUAAACCAGUUUUUUAAUAUUGAGAAUCUUUAAAACGAAAUAACGGAUUUACUGAAUUCUACAUGUUUACACUUUGACACUUACUAUUUUCAUUCUUGAAAGUUCGUUUUCGAUCUUUGGGACAAUUCACUUCUAUUCACUUUGUAAGUACAAACAAAGUUUAACUCAUGAUUUACAAUUACUUUACGUAAUUGUAAUUAAUAUGCAUUUCGAUUUUCUAAAACAAAGCAUUAAUAGUUAUUUCGAAAAAUUACAGCGAUGUGAAGAAAAAAACCCUUUUACUUAUAUUAUUCAUCAUAUUUUUCACUAUUAAUUUAGUGAUUUCGAUAAAUUUCAGCGAUGUGAAUAGAAAAUCAUAUUUUUAUUAACCAAUCUAUACAGAAUAAUUUUAAUCCAUUCAUUUCAUUAAUUCUAAAAUUUAUCUAUUGUAAUUUAACUCAACUGCCUAGUUUCUUCCUACAAACAUUUUAGAAAAUAUUUCGAAAACUUACAGCGAACAACAAUUAAACUGUUUUCUUAGUGUUGGAGUGUAAUUGCAAAAUUUGCAGUGUGUUAUCUCUUUUAGAGGUUUAUUCCUUUUUGAUAAAAAGGACCAACUUUCACUUAUUGAAAAAAUUAAAGAAAAACAAAUUUAUGCUUUUUAUUAGUUAACACAUUUUCUACGCAAAUAAAUUUGUAUUAAGUAUUAAUAAAUUAUGCGUCUUCUUGUUUCUUAAAGUAGGCAUUACGUCGCAUAGAUCCAUGUAAGUGGGUUAAAAAAUUUUCUUUUAAUUUAAAAAAUAUAAAAUUGUAUUUUUUCAACAAUGAAUUUUUUCGCAUAAAAAUAUUUAAAAUAAUUGUAUAUAUAAUAAAUUAUUUUCUAAAAUAUAAA